AUGGGUUACGAAAUAACCCGCUUUGAGAGUACAGUCGACGACGAACUCAUUUGCUCCAUAUGUGAGGGCGUCCUCCAGAACCCCAUACAAGUGGUCACUUGUGAACACGUCUUCUGCUCGGACUGUCUCGAGGAUUGGCUCGACAAAGGAAAGCACACGUGUCCUCUCGAUCGGGAACAGGUCAACCGCGAGGAUCUCAAGACACCCCGAAUUGUGUCCAAUCUGUUGGCAAAAUUGUCGAUUAAAUGCGAUUUCGCUGAUUAUGGCUGUCAAGUAGUCGUCAAACUCGAGAAUCUGGCCAAACAUUUGACUCAAUGCGCGUUCAAUCCCAACACUCCUAUGCAAUGCGAGAAAGGCUGUGGACUAAUGCUGGCCAAUAGAGCCGAGUUUGAGGGACACAACUGUAUGGAAAAGUUACACGCAUUGGUCAGAGGCCAGAGCGAGCAGUUAGAGGCACAACAGCGACAGAUCAGUGAACUUCGCGACGCUUUCGUCUCAUUCAAGAGCACACACAAGAAGUUUGACGACGAGAUCAAUAAAAUGCGACAAACGGUCAGCAGUUAUGAGUUUAAGAUGUCUGUCGAGCAAAACAAAACCCAAAAGCUGGUCGACUGUAUGGCCAACUGCGCCAAAGAGAUGCAAAAUUGUCAAAAUAAGUUCAAAGAAUAUUCUGGCCGUAAUAGUAAAGCAAAAAGCGUUUGCGUUCAAUUCAAAGAUAGCUCUAUAGAUGUGGAUCCGUACCAACGGAUCGGCGAAUUGAAGCAAAAUCUAAUGAAAUUGUUUAACAUAAGGACCGGUAAAUUGAAAUUAUUUCGCGGUUCCGAUGAAUUGGAAGACUUAAGGUCUAUAAUGGACUACAGUGUGAACGAAGUGCCCGAUCCGAGGCUAUCGUUGGUUCAAUGCGAUGAAGUGCAGGUCUUUGUCAAGAUUCGGGUCAUGAACUCAAAGGAAAAUAUGAGACACCCGUACCUGAGCUCCGAUUUUCUGCCCAAAACAGUGGCUCUAAGAAUCGAUAGGAACGGAUCCAUUGGACAGUUGAAGGCAGAGAUUCGACUCAUUCAUAAUAUACAGAGUGAAGAAGUAUUGCUAACUUAUGGUACGAUUACACUGGAAGACGAUCACAAUCUCAACUAUUAUAACAUAACCGACGGAUCGUUUAUUAAUUAUUACGCCCAUCUAUAG